AUGGACGGGGAGCCGGCUGAAGCCGAAGCUGCGCCUGCGCCGGAAGCCGAAGCGGCCCCGGCUGAAGAGGCAGCCCCUGCUGAAGCCACGCCUGCAGCAGAAGCGGCCGAGGCACCGGCUGAUGCGGCAGAAGCUCCGGCCGAGGCUCUAGAUGCUGCGCCGGCAGAAGCUGACAUCCAGGAGCCAGCAGGAGAUGCGGACGGUGAGGCAUCACCGACGUCCCGCUUUGGAGGGGCCGCGACUACCGAGGGCGGUGAUGAGACCAACACGGAAGGUGAUGACAGCCCUUCCGACAAGGUAGUGAGGAGACAGAUGGUGCACAGGCAAGCUUCCAAGGAGAUCAUUGAAGGUAUCCGAAGGAAGCGAAGCACAUCGAUCCAGUCAUCAACUCACGACGAUGACGCGCAGGACAAAAUCGACGCAGAAGAAGCCAGGUGGCGGAUUCCCGCCAGCUUCUUCUACGACCCGAGCUCUCCAGAGCUCAACCCGCCUUUGGAGGAUCGAGAGUUGCCGCGGCAAGGGACGCGAGCAGCUCGCUUCAUGGGCUUUGACUUCAGCCGGAUCAACAACGCAGUCUGGACCUCAAACGAGGAGUUUGCGUACAUCACCGGCCACGUGGUUUGCUUCAUGAACAUACAUACUCGCCAGCGACGUUUCCUCCAUGGUCGUGAUAAUGGCGGCAUUGGCGCUGUGGCGAUGUCUCCUGACAUGACGUAUUUCGCGGUGGCUGAGAGAAGUAUCACUUCGCAGCCAAAUGUUUACAUCUACUCCUUCAAAACGAUGAGGCUGUACCGCAUUUUGCGAAAGGGCACGAUGCGGGGCUACGCCUCAGUGGCGUUCUCCCCUCACAACAAGAACCACUUGGCAGCGCUUGGAUGCGCCCCAGACUACUUGCUCUCCGUAUGGGACUGGCGCAACGAACGGCUCCUCCUCAAGUGCAAGGCCUAUGGUCAGGAUGUGUUUAGCAUCCGCUGGGGUCAGUUCCCUGGCAUGCUGACCUCGGUGGGCGUCGGCCACAUCCGGUUCUGGAAGAUGGCGACAACUUUCACGGGCUUGAAGCUACAGGGAGCACUGGGAAAGUUCGGCGCGAGCGAGCUCUCCGACAUCAGUGGUUUCGUCGAGCUGCCUGAUGGCAAAGUCGUGUCGGGCACAGAGUAUGGAAAGCUGCUGGUCUGGGAAGGGGUCUUUGUCAAGGUAGAGCUGAUGCGGGCCAAAGAGGGAACUUCGGCGCAGGAGGCUGCCACAAGCCUUGCCGGAAGUCCUCAUGCAGGCGCCAUCGACGUCAUCCUCAGCGACAAGGAAAACGGCCUAGUGAUCUCCGGUGGCGACGACGGCUUCCUCCGUUGGUGGCCCAUCGACGAGAUCGACAGCGCCGAGGCGGACUACGACAAUGGCAUCCUGGAGUACGGAAUUCGCAUGCGCAAGGAAGUGCGCAUUCCGCCGAGCAGCGAGCAGCAUAUCUACCCUGCCCACAUCCAGCAUGUGGCUAUCUGCCCAGAUGGGGAGACUUGGUUGGUGCAGGAUUCGCGCAACGGCAUGGUGUGGUUGUACGACAUCACAAGCACAAAUUGCCAGAUGGUCUUCACCUGUCACAGCAAGCAGGUGACGGGAACGGUUGUCUCCUCCAGCUACAGUGGGCUGAUGAUGUCAUGUGGCAUGGAUGGCACGGUUCGUGCAUUCAACGUCUCACAGGCAUGGGACAACGAGCUGUUUCGAGAUGCUCGGCCCUUGGCCAAUGCGGGAGUCGGUGCCACCUGCAUCGAUGCGACCCCAGAGCUUGUCGACCCAUCCAAGCGGACCGUUUGCGUCGGCUACACCGAUGGCACCAUCCGCGCCUUUACCGCCUGCGCUGACGGCUUCCUGCAACUCCAGGCAUUGAAACCGCACAAGUGCAUGGUGAAGCAGCUCAAGUACAGUGGGGAAGACGCGGGCUUGAUGGCAACACUUGGAGAGGACAACUCGGUGUUCUUCUUCCAGGUGCAGAUGCUCUCGGAGCAUGCCAUCCCGGUGGGAUUUGUGUCGAUCCCGGCUACAGUGAACUUCUUCGCCUGGGAUGACACCUCAGGCAAUGUCUUGCUUAGCUUGGGGGACGGAUCUCUGCUGGUCCUCAAGAGUCCGAUACCCGAGUCGGUCGACAACACGGAGUCGUACGACAUUUCGGUGAACUACAUCUCCGUCAUGCCAGAUGUCCCUGAGAUCGAAGAUUCUGACGACGAAGAGGACGAGGAGGAGGCUGAAGAGGCUGUCGAAGGCGAAGGGGACGGCGAAGCCUCGCCCACAGCGGCGGAGGAGCAGCCAGCAGAGACGGAGGGUGAGGCAGAUCUGGACGAGGAGGGCAGGAAAAAGAAGAAGAAAAAGAAGAAGGAGAAGGAGCAGAAGGCAAAAGAUGACGACGAGGACGGCGAGGGGCAGAAGGAGGUCAUCGUGACAUCUGUCUCGCGAGCGAUUUACAUUCCGGGCGAGGGGGAUGACUCGGAGCGGCGGAUUAUCUUCACCGGCACCGGGAAGUAUUCCGGCGGUCUCUGGGAGUGUUCCCUCUUCGGUAUCCAGGAGACCAUGGCUGCCGAGGCGCCGCUGUCCGAGCGGAUAUCCACUCAGCUGUCCUGCAUGCUGCGGUCAAAGCUGCCCAAGAACAUAAAUGUGACGCACCUGUCUCUUUCGCCAGCUGGCAACUGGAUCAUCGUGGGUUUUGCUGAUGGGCGCGUCUGGCUGGUGCCACGCAUGUCUGGCUGCUUCCUCUGCGCCAACGUCUCGGACGGCAUCAGCGGUGCAGUGAAUUCGGUUCAGAUGAAUGACGACGAGUCCAUGAUGGUCGUGGCAGCUGGGGAUGGCUCCCUGGUGACGCUGCUGGUCAGCGAGGAGCUUCUCAACGUGGCGCACCUCAAAGCAGAAGGAGCUGAGGUGAACAUGGAGGAAGCAGGCGACCAACUCCAGCAGUCCAUUCCAGAGCUGCCCGAGACCUCCAUGGAAGGCUGGAGCCUGCCACCGAAGGAAGCUCCAGGUGUGGUGGCCAUCAACCCGGACAUCACGGAUCCAGAGCAGUACUCCAUCCAGGACGCCAAGCUGAAGGCCGAGGAGGAUAGCGCCAAGGCCGCCGCGGAGCUGAAGAAGCUUCGCGUGCGCGAGCGCAUCAGCGAGAUCCGAGAGGAGCUUGUUGAUCUUCAGGUCAAAAACAGCCAGCUGGUGGAAGCCCAGCUGGUUGGCAGCGACAUGGUGGUCGAUCAAGAGUACAUCAACCACUUGAGGGAGGACAUGGAAAAUCAGAUUGAACAGGUGCGCUUUGAGCUCGCCUGGUCGGUGGAGUUCCAUGAGCGGGGGCUGCAGAAGCUCAAGGACUACUAUCUGAAGAGGGUGGACUUUGAGCGAGUGGAGGUCCUGGGCUUUCAGUCGCCCCACCGCGUGUCCACCUUCCGCUGUGCGACGAUGUCCGACGAGCUGCAGACCAACCUCGCCAGGCUCCACGAGCUCAUCUUUGCUGCAGAGGGCGAGGUGGACCUGGAGGAGGAAGACGACGAGAAUGAGGGCAUGGGCUAUGAAGGUGCAAAGACCGAGUUCGGCUUCGAUGUCACUGACAUGUCAGGCUCGCAGAACGCCGAGCGCACGCUGUCAGGCGCUGAGCAGCGGGAGCUCCGACGCCAGCAAAGGUUGCAGCGCAAGGCGCAGAUCCAGGAGCUCGAGCGUGCCAAGCCAAACGAGCAGUACGAGGCCCCUGAGGAUGUUGAAGCCAUCGCAAACGCAGAGGCGACUCUGGGCAACUACAUGCUGAAGACGAGCGAGGAUUAUCAGGUCCCCGAGAACCAGCGCAUGAACGCCGAGAAAAAGCGGCGCCAAAUGUUCUUGCUUGAGGAGUCAAUCCAUGCAAUCAAGACCGAGUUCAAUCAGAGGGUACUGGCCCUGCGUGAUUUCCGCCAGCAGGUGCGUGCCGAGGUGGAGAGGGACCUCAUGGCACUGGCAGAGAUCGACGAGCAGCUAGGCACUAAAACGGACUGGGUCGCGGGCAUCGUGGACAACCCACCUGGUGCCCCGCCAGAGUACCCGGAGAAGCGCUUUGAGUUCAGCGACACUGACAUCCAGGCCUUUGCCAGCCAUUUGCGGGGCGAGAAGCCCGAGGAGGCUGCUGCUCCGGCUGCAGAUGAGGCCGAGGACUUCCAAGAAGAGGAGGAGGCAGAGGAGGAGGUUUAUGCGGAGAUCGAGGAGGAGGAAGGUGAGGAUGAGGAGGGCGGGGCCACAGAGGCGGACACCGAAGGUCGGAAGUCCAGUGUCGCGCAGGCCAAGAAGACCAAGGCUGUCGGAGUGCGACCAGGGGCUCCCCUUUCCGGCCGUGCAGCGCUUGCCGCCCGGCGUGUGGGUCGCUUAACUCUGCGCGCAUCGCUUCUUGAGGACAAGUCUGGGAAGCGGGACGUCCUGUCCGAGGCCGUUGCCACCGAGUCUCAGGCGAGGCUGCGACACGACAAGGGCCAGCUCGAAGAGCAUGUGCGGCAGGUCAUUGACACCUUCAACAUGGCCGUCGCCUCCAUUGAAAAGGAGAAGGCCAAGCUGGAAAGCGAUCUCAAAAAUGCGGACAUGAAGCUCUUGGUCCUCUACGAGGAGCUGUUGACACUGAACGACUUGGAAGAGAAAGACGAGGCGCUGUUGAAGAAAGCGACGAAGUGUCGGCAAGACAAGACCAGCAUCAUGCUCCAGAUCAAAGAAUGUCAAGACCAGCUGAGCGAAAAGAAGGCCGAAAUCGAAGAAUGGCACACCCAGGAGCAGAACCUGCAGGCAGAGUUCACAGAUCUGGUGGGCGAGAAUUCGCCCUUCCUGAGUGCGCUGCUGAAAGUGUACAAGAAGAAGGUGAAGAGAUCCAAGCGGAAGAAGGGCAUGGGUGAAGAAGAGGACAUGGAUGAGGAUGAGGAGGACGAGGAUGAUGAGGGAAGCGACAUUGAAAGCGACGAGGAUGAGGACAUGGAGGAUGAUGAUGUCGGCCCGCCACAGGGAUGCGACCACCAGAUUUACGAGAGCGUCAUCGACUUGCGCGACAAGCGCCUUGAGAUGGAAGACGCCCUCCAGGAGAUCCAAAAGGCCGUGGAGGGGCUCAAGAACACUCACAAGCGACUUGGCGACGACGAGCAGCGGAUCGACAAGGAGCAGAGGCGCACCGAUGCGGAGAUUCAGCAGUUCCAGACGGACAAGCAGCGCAAGCUGAACCAGGUGCCCAUCGUGUUCGCCUUGCGACUGUCGCAGGUUCAGUGCUUAUCAUCUGCAGACCAGAGCGACGGGCAGGAGCGUCUCCCAGCCGAGCUAGCUCAGCAGGUGAUCUUCACAAAUGAGGGCCUGGACCGCCUGAUGACUCGCAUCACAGAGCUCCACCAGGAGAUCAAGGAGGUCAAAGCAAGACACAAGCAGCUUCAGCGUGACUUCCGCGUUCGCAAGAAAGACAAGAGCGUGGCCUUGCAGCACAUCCAGGAUCUCCAUGCAAAGUUCCAGGACAUCCAGAUGCUCAAGUUCGGACAGAUUGUCGAUUUGGAUCUCAUCGAGCGAAGCGCUCCGGGUAAGCUACUUCAGGAGCUCCAGCAGAGCGUGCUCCAGGCCGAGGCGGAGCACCGGCGCCGCAUCGCCGACUGGGAGAAGAGGAUAGAGAAGCAGAAGAAGGAGCUGACGAAGAUCACGUGCGACAAUACGUCGCUCAUGGAACAGAUUGUCAGCAUGGGCUACUCGCAGAUGCAGCUGGACGCAGCGCUAAAUGCGAGAAUAGCAAAUGUCACGGUGAACGACAAUGAGCCGUUGAAUGAACUUCGACGUAUGGAGCGCGAAAGAUGCAAAGAUCUUCUUGCGCUGCAAACGAAAGAGAUUGCGACUUUGCAGGCAGAGAUCAACCUCUUCCGAAAAAAGGGCGGGCACAUUUACACUACCGUCACAGCCAAUCGAGCCUGA